AUGAAGCCUUUCAUUGUACUAGCACUCUGCUGUAGUUUUUUCUCUAGCAGAGCCACCCCUCUUCCAUUUGAGUUUUUGGACUGUGAUGACCCUGAUGUCUUUAAAGUUGUCGACACAGCACUGAAGAAAUACAAUGGAGACAGAGCAAGUGGUAAUCAAUUUGCUCUAUACAUGGUGAUGGAAGCCAAGAGAACUGCAGGUCCUGACACGCAAUUCUAUGUGAAAUAUCGAAUACGAGAAACCAUUUGUGCCACUGAGGAAAACAAACUCUGGCAAGACUGCGAUUACAAAGUGCCUGCAGAGGCUAAAAUGGGAGAAUGCACAGCUCAAGUUCACGUGAACGACGCUGAAAAAACAAGUAACGUUUCACAAGAUUGCAAAAUUGUUCCAGCUAUGCCAAAGAUAAUGCUUACUGAGGCCACAUGUCUUGGAUGCUUCCAUCCUAUAUCAAGUGACAGUUUAGAAGUGUCAGAAAUUCUGAAACAAGCCAUUCAAAAGUUCAACAGGCACAGUGCUGAACCCACCCUUUUCAAGCUUGUGGAAAUAAAAGAAGCUAAAAGACAGGUGGUAGCUGGAUGGAACUACGUAAUUAAAUAUGAAAUCAAGGAGACUAAUUGCUCCAAAGACCAAUUUCAAGAUUUAACUCCAGAGUGCAAAACCACUUCUAGUGGUCGUGUAGCUAAAUGUGAUGCCAAAGCAUAUGAAAAUCUUCAUGCGCAGAUUGUAGACGUUGCAAACCAAUGCAAGCUUCCAGUUGAAGACACGGUAAUUCCUUACACUUGCACUGGUUGUCUGAAAACUGUCCCAAAAGACAGUCCACAACUGAAGGAACUACUGAAGGUUUCUAUGGAGAAGUAUAAUUUGGAGAGCAGCGAUGACUUCUACUAUAAAAGUGGAGAAAUAGAAGCAGCGACAGUUCAGGUCGUUGCAGGACAAAACUACCAUUUAACAUUUGCAGUCUGGAAGACAAACUGUUCAAAGAAAGAGUUUGAAAAACUUAACGAAGACUGUGAAGCCACGUCAGACAGUGCACCAUUGCGAUGUGAAGCACAAAUUCAUGUGAUCCCAUGGGAGAAUAAAAUCUUUCCUCACGUUAACUGCUCUAAAGACCUGAUAGCGACUACACUUCUAAGGCGGCCUCCUGGAUUCACACCUUUUCGAAGCUUUGCUAAGCUAGACCAGCCAAAUGAAAUUUUAUGCUCCAAUACAAAUGAAGAAGAAAGGCAAAGACUUGGCAAAGAAACAAGAAAAGAUGGUGGACAGGAACCAGAAGGUGAAGGUGAACCUGGGCAUAAACACGGGCAUAAACACGGGCAUAAACACGGGCAUAAACACGGGCAUAAACACGGGCAUAAACACGGGCAUAAACACGGGCAUAACCAUAGAAAGGAUCAUGAAUCUGGCAAAACGCAUAGCCAUGAAAUUGGUUGUAAGCACAGAACUGACCAUGGCCAUGGGUGUGAGCAUAAAACCCACAGUAAACAUGGUAAACAUAAACAUCCAAACCCCAAAUCUUCUGAGGAGUCCAAUGAAAGGAUUUUUAAUCAAAAUGAAACCCUCCCAUCAUCUAGUGCUGAAACAGCAGCAGAGCUAGUUGAUAGAGGGGUUGCAAGAAAGGAAACCAGUGCACCUGCAGAACCACUAAUUCUUCCCGAUACUUCUUUAUUUAAUGGGUUGCCAGAUCGCUCAGAAUCUCCUCUACCCAGAUGUCCUGGAAAACCAUGGAAACAAAUUAUGGACCUGCCAGCUCCUUCUAGCUUUCCCAGAGAAUUCACAAAUGAGGAUCUCUUGCCUUCCACAGUAGAAAGCAUCAAUCUAGCAACAGAAAACCCAACACCUCCCCAGGACAAAGACUUGGAGCUCUCAGAUGCUUUACUAUAA